GAAACGGGUAAGGGUGGUCUAAAACGUCGAAGUCAAGAAAAUUAUUAUAGAAGGAAAAUAGAAAACAGAAGGUUUAAUGGCAUUUGGAAUAUGCGAAUACCGAAACGUGUUUGACUCUUCAGUUCCUCACUGCUCCGCGCGGCAAUUUUCCAUUUUCCUCUUUCCUGCUACCGGAGAAGAGAAUGAAGAUCUCAAGAAGACGAUGAGAUAGCAGAAGCAACCUAAACCCCCACCCAGAAAAUAAAAUUAAAAUGAGAGCGGAGACGCUAACCCUGGUGCUGGUAAAUCUAGCUGGAAUCAUGGAAAGAGCGGACGAAUCGUUGCUUCCGGGAGUCUACAAAGAGGUUGGGGAAGCGCUCCACGCCGGCCCCACCGGCCUCGGCUUCCUCACACUUUUUAGAUCCAUGGUGCAGGCCGUUUGCUACCCCUUGGCGGCUUAUCUCGCAGCUCGACAUAAUCGGGCCCGAAUCAUCGCUUAUGGCGCAUUUCUCUGGUCUGCCGCCACCUUCCUCGUCGCCUUCUCUUCCUCGUUUUUCCAGGUAGCCGUGUCAAGAGCUUUGAACGGGAUUGGCCUUGCCAUUGUUGCUCCUGCAAUCCAAUCCCUUGUAGCCGACUCAACAGAUGAUGGAAACCGUGGCAUGGCUUUUGGGUGGUUGCAGCUCACCAGCAACCUUGGGGCUAUCAUUGGUGGAUUAUUCUCGUUAUUGAUAGCCCCGCAUACAUUUCUGGGGAUUCCCGGCUGGAGAGUUUCCUUCCAUCUAGUCGCCAUUGUUAGCAUAAUUGUGGGCAUUCUAGUCAGGAUAUUCGCUACUGACCCUCACAUUGACAAUGGAACGAUUAAUGAAGCCUCUUCCUCCAAGUCAUUCAAGUUGGACAUACACAAUCUUUUAAAUGAAUCAAAAUUAGUAAUGAGAAUCCCAUCUUUUCAAAUUAUUGUAGCUCAAGGUGUCACCGGUUCGUUUCCUUGGUCGGCGUUGUCAUUUGCUCCAAUGUGGUUAGAACUCACUGGUUUCUCCCACGAGAAGACUGCUGUCCUUAUAGGCAUGUUUGUUAUCGGGAACUCUCUUGGUGGUCUAUUUGGUGGUAGGAUGGGCGAUUUCCUGGCAAAGCGCCACCCUAAUUCUGGCCGGAUAAUUUUGUCUCAGUUAAGCUCUGGAUCAGGUAUUCCACUUGCAGCAAUUCUCUUACUUGCUGUGCCAGGAGAUCCCUCGACGCCGCUCCUGCAUGGUCUGCUGCUCUUUGUCACGGGCUUUUUCAUAUCUUGGAAUGCUCCGGCCACAAACAAUCCAAUUUUUGCAGAGAUCGUCCCAGAGAAAUCCCGAACAAGUAUAUAUGCAUUAGACAGAUCCUUUGAAUCCAUAUUGUCAUCAUUUGCUCCUCCCACAGUUGGACUAUUGGCUCAAUACGUCUAUGGAUAUAAACCAGUUCCGGAAGGCACCCAAGAUAUUUCUACCGACAGAGAGAAUGCUGCAUCUUUAGCCAAGUCUCUUUUUGCAGCUAUAGCCAUCCCAAUGGCACUAUGCUGUGUCAUUUAUUCAUUCCUCUAUGUCACAUAUCCAAGAGAUAGAGAGCGAGCUCGAAUGGAAGCUACCAUAGCAUCAGAGAUGGAACUCAUUGAAUCAAACUCUCCGGUCCUUAUGGGGAUUCAAUCAAGUGAAGCAAAAGAACUUAACCUGACCAUUGAUGACGAUGCAUCUGAUUACGAGGAAAGUGAUGAAAGGACAUUGAUUCAUCAUAAGGUUUAAACAUUCUUGUUAAGAUGGUUCGGGUGAAGCUGUUAACGCCGAGCUGAUUUCAGGUAUGCUUUUCUUGCAUUGAUCUGCUGUAGUAAAAUUUACUUUUAGAUGUGCCAUUUGAAGUUUUUGAUUCAUUUGAAAAUAGUUAAAGUUGAAAGAAAUAAAUGUAUAAUAGUGACAUAAAUUGCUGAAUAGUUGAUAUUUAUAUGACAAUAUGAGUAUAGCUUCGUUUUAAUCAUCUCUAUCUUCUAUCUGUAAAUUUUCAAGAAUAUACAGAGUUUGUCUUAGUUGUUUAUUUUUAUCUAUGC